AUGGCAAAUUGUCGAAAAAACUGGUAUAUUUUAUAUUUGAAUAAUUUGAUUAGCUCAGAAUCCAUGUGUUUAAACUGGUCGUGGUAUAUUGCAAACGAUAUACAAUUCACAAUUAUUUUGGCGCCAAUCUUCAUCACUUUGAUCAUGUGGAGACGACUGGCAGGAAUUAUACUGGCAUUGUCACUAAUUUUAUCUUCCUCAGUGCUCACUUAUUGUAUUGCAUAUGAUAAUUCAUACGGUGUUAUGCAAAUACCAAAAGAUGAAAUCUAUAUAAGACCAUAUGCUCGGUGUGGAACUUACACGAUUGGAUUACUAACCGGUUGGUUGUUAUAUGAUUAUCCUAGAAUAAGAAUUCGGAAACUGUUGAAACAUCAAAUUCUUAUUGGUUCAUUCAGUCUCCUGUUGAUAGCAUGUCUCUGUAUCUUACCGAUAUUUGGUUCUUACGGUGUACUGAGUGGAUUACUGCCUGAUAUGCCACGAAGGACAGCAGCUUUUUAUUUAGCCUCAGAACGUGUAUCAUUUGGUCUCGGUUUAGCUAUAUUAGUUUAUCUAUGUGCAAUAGGAUGGGCAAGGCCAAUCUACAAAUGUUUUGCAUGGUCUGCUUUUCGUGUACCAGCUCGCCUUACUUAUUGUGCCUAUUUGAUACAUCCUGUCAUUGUUACUAUUUUUAUUGACGGUACUCAGUCUCCAUUCAUUAUCGAUCAGUUGAAAACUGUCCAGUUGACCGCUUCAAUAACAGUAUUCAGCUAUUUCAUGGCCUAUAUUAUAUCAAUGAUGGUUGAAUAUCCUUCAGCUGCAAUAGAAAACUAUCUACGAGGUUGACUACCAGUCAAUUCACCAUAUCUGGAGAUGCACUUUUUUUUAAAAUUCCCG